AUGGAUGCAGCAAAGCCGUGCAUUAAGGGAUGGAAAUGCCACUCUUCCACUUGGUUCACGGCUUCACACAUACUAGGUUGGCAUUUCUCGGGUCUAGAAGACGCACCAAACUUUGGUUCAAAGUUAACGAUCAUGAUAACAAUUUGUAUAUAUUCGUCUGGUCCAUCCAUUUCCACAUUACCGUGGGCAAAAAUUGCUUACGUUGCAUCGCCUGUUGAAACGUUGGAACCUGCUUCGCUUUCUCCUUGCUCAGAUUACCCUGGGGAAAUGGCAUUGGAUGUCACAGCCACAGCCACAGCCAGUAGCGGGUAUGACAUUGCACAAGGACAACCAAGCUCCCCAUCACCGUCUCCCAUCAUCCCUCGCCAUAACUUUCGCCAAAGAAUACGGUCACACUGGGGAGUAGACAUGAAUCACCAUAUGAAGCACAGAAAUAUUGAUAGUGCUCUGAAAGCUGAGAUUGGUUCUCUCUUGGUCCGCGACCUUCCUUGGUGCGAUAAUUGUCUUAUUGAUAUUGCCGACGUAUUUAUUUCCCCUGCACAACGCGACACAAUGAUUCAUCGCUGGACCAGACCGGGUGGUGCACUCGUGGAGAACAAAGGAGCAUAUGAAUGGACAGCAAUUUCGAAAGCUCCCCUGCCAUUACAGCAUAGCAAUUGGUUGGAGCUGGUCGGCACCCCAGUCGAUAAGACUUAUGAGAGGCUUCUUAGCAACUUCUUCAAUGAGGUCACAAUUCUGAGUCGCAGGCAUAAAAACCAUUUCAAGAAGGGUGCCGCCAUUCCCGUGGAUGUUGGAUUGCGCUUGUGGACGGCACACAGCAGGACUCUACUGGAAGUUAGCCGCAGCCCUGACAUCAUCUUGACUGCUUCCAAUUCGGAGGCCAAGUGGUGCAAUCUCAUUUCGGUCAUCGAAGUGAAGUGGAAAGACAGCCCCGAUCUCUUGAUGAGUGCCAUCCUACAGCUCGGAGAUAAGGCUACUUUUGUGUUCCACCACCAGCCUCAUCGUCAAUGGUUCCCUUGUCUCAGCUGA